AUGUUUAGGGUCUUGCCAUAUGGUCUGUUCCAAAGUCGUACCAAUCUCGAGCGAGACGGUCCGUUGCAAUUCGAGCAGAGGAACCAAUUGGUGGACUUGCUGAAGCGCUCGAAGUUGCGCCCAGAGAGGUCAAACGUACACAUUUUUGGCAAAAAUACCGAUCCAUCCGUUCUCCUUGUGGUCGGUUAUCUUGGUUCGACUGGUUUCAUAGCUGACAAUCUGCCACAUAGAUUAAUCCUUGAGAGGGUGAGGCACGAGCUGACGUGGUUCCUCACAUCCGGAUUCGGCUUAGUGUACGAUUUGCGAUCCGUUGUCGAGGAUAAGUUUCAGUUCGCCGUCACCAUCCGAACGAUUCCCACGUGGAUCCGGUGGACGAUGGCGGCCCCAGCUCCUGUGGCUGUUGGCUGCCGUGGUCACUGUCUCAUGUUGGAGGGGUCGUCCUAG